AUGGAGAACAAUAUUAAACUAAGUGAGGUGGUCGGGAGAGGAGAAGACGGUAGUAUUUUGAAAGAGGACUUUAUAAAUAGAUCAUUUAUAGAUAGAUCACUAAUUUUCACAGAAGGUGCGCAUAUCAAUUUCUUAGCCAAACAGACAGGAGCUAUCCUCCCUCAUGUAGUCCAGAAAACCCCCAACACCCGCUGCAGAUACCACACCCCAAAAAAGAUGCCUGUCUCUCCUGGCGAUCCUGAGACCAGGGAAGAUAGGACAGAGCCUCUGAAUGGUUUCCAGAAUGCCAUGGUGAAGACCAUGAUUGCUGCUCUGAAGAUUCCUCACUUCGGUUCCUCUGAUGAGGUUGGAGGGAUGUAUGCCAAGCCAAUGCUUCUGCCCCCGGAGGUGGCCGUCAGAGCUUUGGAAAAGAUCCAGGUGCUGCCCAGGUUUAACUCCUGUGAUGAGGUAGUGAAGGCAUACAUGAACGUCAGCUGGUCUGUCGAUCAUCAUGUGAUAAACGUUGCCACCAUGUCCUGCUUCUCAAUCCUCUAG